CAGCAGCGGGCGGCGGCGCGAGCCGAGCUGGGAGAUGGCGGCAGCGGCGGUGGAGCGGAGAGUGUGAGCGCCGCCCGGGAGCCGCCGGCCCGGGCGCAGUGCGACCCCGACCCCGCCCGCCCGCCCGCCCGCCAUGGGCAACGAGGCCAGCCUGGAGGGCGGCGCGGGCGAAGGGCCGCUGCCCCCCGGAGGCUCUGGGCAGGGUCCGGGCCCCGGAGCAGGGAAGCCUCCUUCAGCACUAGCUGGCGGCGGACAGCUCCCCGCGGCUGCCGCUGCGCGAGCGACCGGACCCCCGGCCCCUGGCCUCGGGCCCAUCCCCGGCCCCGGCCCCGGCCCCGGCCCGAGCAGUGUUUCCCGGAGACUGGACCCCAAGGAGCCCCUGGGCAGCCAGAGAGCAACUUCCCCAACCCCAAAGCAAGCUUCUGCUCCUGCUCCUGGCCGAGAGAGCCCCCGAGAGACGAGGGCCCAAGGCCCAUCAGGCCAGGAGGCUGAUGGUCCCCGCAGGACACUGCAGGUAGACAGCAGGACACAGAGAUCAGGACGGUCCCCCUCCGUGUCGCCAGACAGAGGCAGCACCCCCACGUCACCCUACUCCGUCCCGCAGAUCGCUCCCCUUCCCAGCAGCACCCUGUGUCCUAUAUGCAAGACCUCGGACCUCACGUCGGCCUCCAGCCAGCCAAACUUCAACACCUGCACCCAGUGUCACAACAAAGUCUGCAACCAGUGUGGGUUCAACCCCAACCCUCACCUCACCCAGGUGAAGGAAUGGCUCUGUUUGAACUGUCAGAUGCAGAGGGCUCUGGGAAUGGACAUGACCACUGCGCCUCGAUCCAAGAGCCAGCAGCAGCUACACUCCCCGGCCCUGUCUCCUGCCCACUCCCCAGCCAAACAGCCUCUGGGGAAGCCAGAGCAAGAGCGAUCUCGGGGUCCAGGGGCCACACAGUCUGGUCCCCGCCAGGCUGAAACAGCCAGGGCCACCUCAGUGCCUGGGCCUACCCAGGCGACUGUCCCUUCAGAGGUGGGGAGGGUGUCUCCUCAGCCCUCUCUCUCCACCAAGCCUUCCACAGCUGAGCCCAGGCCGCCUGCAGGAGAGGCCCAGGGCAAAAGUGCCACCACAGUGCCCCCCGGGCUUGGUGCUGGUGAACAGACCCAGGAGGGCCUCACCGGGAAGCUCUUUGGCCUCGGAGCAUCGUUGCUGACCCAGGCAAGCACCCUCAUGUCUGUGCAGCCAGAGGCUGACGCCCAGGGCCAGCCUUCCCCUAGUAAGGGGCCACCCAAGAUUGUCUUCAGUGAUGCCAGCAAGGAGGCUGCUCCAAGACCCCCAGGCUCGGGGCCUGGGCCUGGGCCAACACCUGGAGCCAAAACUGAGCCUGGGGCUAGAACAGGUCCUGGAUCAGGGCCUGGAGCUCUGGCAAAAACUGGAGGAACAGCCAGUCCAAAGCACGGCAGAGCAGAACACCAGGCAGCACCCAAGGCUGCUGCCAAGCCAAAGACCACGCCGAAGGAAAGGGCCGCCUGCCCACUGUGCCAAGCCGAGCUCAACGUGGGUGGCAAGGGCCCCGCCAACUACAACACCUGCACCAGCUGCCGGCUGCAGGUGUGCAACCUGUGCGGCUUCAACCCGGCGCCCCACCUGGUGGAGAAAUCAGAGUGGCUCUGUCUGAACUGCCAAACCAAGCGGCUGCUGGAGGGUGGCCUCGGGGAGCCAGCCCCGCUGCCACUGCCCACUUCACAGCAGCCUCCUGCAGGAGUCCCUCACCGUGCAGCUGGAGCAGCCCCUCUGAAGCAGAAAGGGCCACAGGGGCUGGGCCAGCCCUCAGGUUCCCUGCCUGCCAAGGCCAGCCCUCAGGCCACCAAGGCCAGCCCUCAGGCCACCAAGGCCAGCCCUCAGGCCAAGCCCCUCAGGGCUUCUGAACCCAGUAAGACCUCUAGCGGUGCCCAGGAAAAGAAGACAGGAAUCCCUGCUAAAGCUGAGCAGAAGCCACCUCCAGAGACUACCGUGCCUCCCGCUCCCGGGACUCCGAAAGCAAAAAGCGGGGUGAAAAGGACUGAACCUGCUACUCCAGUCACCAAGCCUGUUCCAGAAGCUCCCAAGGGUGGGGAGGCUGAGGAACCGGUCAGCAAGCCUUACUCGCAGGACCUGUCUCGAAGCCCACAGAGCCUGAGCGACACCGGCUAUUCCUCUGACGGCGUCUCCAGCUCCCAGAGUGAGAUCACGGGGGUCGUCCAGCACGACGCGGAGCAGCUUGACAGUGCAGGGGUGACGGGGCCCCGCCCGCCCAGCCCCUCGGAGCUCCACAAAGUGGGGAGUAGCAUGCGCCCCUCCCUGGAGGCCCAGGCGGGGGCACCCGGCGGGGAGUGGAGCAAGCCACCCCGCGGCAGUGCCCUUGAAGACCAGAAACGGCGUCCCCACUCCUUGUCCAUCAUGCCCGAGGCCUUCGACUCUGACGAGGAGCUGCAGGAUAUCCUCGAGGAGGAGGCCUCCCUGGCGUGGGGGCGGCAGAGGGAGCCGCAGGACACGGCCGAGUCUUCCGACGACUUCGGCAGCCAGCUGAGGCACGACUACGUGGAGGACAGCAGCGAGGGCGGCCUGUCCCCUCUCCCACCCCAGCCCCCGGCCAGGGCAGAGAUGACGGACGAGGACUUCAUGCGGAGGCAGAUCCUGGAAAUGAGCGCGGAGGAGGACAACCUGGAGGAAGAGGACGCCGCUGUGUCCGGGCGGGGCCCGGCCAAACAGAAGGGAGGCGCCAGGCCCAGGCCCGAAUCCAGCCAAGAGCCGCCCAGGAGGCGCCUCCCCCACAACGCCACCACAGGCUACGAGGAGCUCCUGGCUGAGGGGGGCCCAGCGGAGCCCGACGGCGGCGCCCUGCAGGGCGGCCUCAGGCGCUUCAAGACCAUCGAGCUCAACAGCACGGGCGGCUACGGCCACGAGCUGGACCUGGGCCAAGGCCCCGAUGCCAGCCUGGACCGCGAGCCCGAGCUGGAGAUGGAGAGCCUCACAGGCUCGCCCGAAGACCGCUCCCGCGGCGAGCACUCCUCCACCCUGCCAGCCUCCACGCCCAGCUACACGUCGGGCACCUCGCCCACCUCCCUGUCCUCCCUGGAGGAGGACAGCGACAGCAGCCCAAGCCGCCGGCAGCGGCUGGAGGAGGCCAAGCAGCAGCGCAAGGCCCGGCACCGCUCCCACGGGCCCCUGCUGCCCACCAUCGAGGACUCCUCGGAGGAGGAGGAGCUGCGGGAGGAGGAGGAGCUGCUCCGCGAGCAGGAGAAGAUGCGGGAGGUGGAGCAGCAGCGCAUCCGCAGCACCGCGCGCAAGACCCGGCGCGACAAGGAGGAGCUCCGGGCCCAGCGGCGGCGCGAGCGCUCCAAGACGCCGCCCAGCAACCUGUCGCCCAUCGAGGACGCGUCCCCCACCGAGGAGCUGCGGCAGGCGGCCGAGAUGGAGGAGCUGCACCGCUCCUCGUGCUCCGAGUACUCCCCGUCCCCGUCCCUCGACUCGGAGGCCGAGGCCCCCGACGGCGGCCCCGCCCGGCUCUACAAAUCGGGCAGCGAGUACAACCUGCCCGCCUUCAUGACCCUCUACUCGCCCACCGAGGCCCCGGCGGGGGGCUCCGCCGCGCCCAGCGCCGGGCGGCCCCUGAAGAGCGCCGAGGAGGCCUACGAGGACAUGAUGAGGAAGGCCGAGCUGCUCCAGCGGCAGCAGGGCCAGGCGGCGGGGGCCCGGGGUCCCCACGGCGGCCCCCCGCAGCCCGCGGGCCCCUUCGACUACGGAGACUCCCGGGAGCACGGCUACGGCAGGGCGCCCCCGGCCGCCGAGGGCCCUCCCGCAGGCCCGGGCGCCGCCUACGCCGACGGCCUCCCGCCGCAGGGCCCGGCCCGCACGCGGCAGGCCUCCCCGCGGGACCUGGCCUUGGCGGAGGACAAGAAGAAGGAGACGCAGUUUCUCAACGCCGACAGCGCGUUCCUGGACCCGAUGAGGCAGAACGGCGGCCCGCUCACCCCCGGCACCAGCCCCACCCAGCUUGCGGCGCCCGUGUCCUUUUCCGCCUCCACCACCUCGGACGGCAGUGGCGGCCGGGUCAUUCCCGACGUCCGGGUCACCCAGCAUUUUGCGAAAGAGCCUCAGGAGCCCGUCAAGCUUCACAGCUCCCCCGUCUCCCCGGGCCUGGCCUCCAAGGAGGUGGGCGUGACCUUCGCCCAGGGCCCGGGGCCACCAGCCACCACCGCCGUGGCCCCUUGUCCAGCCAGCCUGCCGCGGGGGUAUAUGACUGCAGCGCCCCCAGCUGGCGCCGAGCGCGGCCCGUCUCCAUCUGCCACGGCACACAGCUACGGACAGCCCCCAACCACUGCUAACUACGGGUCCCAAACGGAGGAGCCGCCUCCCGCUCCCGGUGGCCCUGCCGCCAGCGCGCGGGCCUCCAGAGAGAAGCCCCCGAGUGGGGGUGAUGGUGAGGCUGGUGCCCCCCAGCCUCCCCGGGGCUAUUCUUACUUCACAGGCUCUAGCCCGCCUCUCUCCCCGGCCACCCCCUCAGAGAGCCCCACAUUCUCUCCAGGCAAGCUGGGCCCGAGGCCCACAGCAGAGUUCUCCACACAGACGCCAAGCCCAACACCUCCCUCUGACGUUCCACGGAGCCCUGGCGCCCCGUCCCCCAUGGUCGCCCAGGGCACACAGACACCACACCGACCUAGCACCCCUCGCCUGGUGUGGCAGCAGUCUUCCCAGGAGGCUCCUGUGAUGGUCAUCACGCUAGCGUCGGAUGCUUCCAGCCAGACCGGAAUGGUGCACGCCAGUGCCUCCACGUCCCCGCUGUGCUCGCCCACCGACUCGCAGCCCACCUCCCACAGCUACAGCCAGACGACGCCUCCAAGCGCAGCCCAGAUGCCCUCAGAACCGGCCGGGCCGCCCGGUUUCCCACGAGCGCCCAGCGCCGGCGCCGACGGGCCGCUGGCGCUGUACGGCUGGGGUGCCCUCCCUGCUGAAAACAUCUCACUGUGCCGGAUCUCCUCUGUCCCGGGAACUUCUCGGGUUGAGCCGGGCCCCAGGCCCCCGGGCAGCGCGGUGGUAGACCUCCGCACAGCCGUCAAGCCCACGCCCAUCAUCCUCACCGACCAGGGUAUGGACCUGACCUCUCUCGCUGUGGAGGCCAGGAAGUACGGCCUGUCCCUGGAUCCAGUUCCGGGACGCCAGUCCACGGCUGUGCAGCCUCUGGUCAUUAACCUCAACGCCCAAGAGCAGACCCACACCUUCCUGGCCACCGCCACCACCGUGAGCAUCACCAUGGCCUCGUCUGUGCUCAUGGCUCAGCAGAAGCAACCCGUGGUGUACGGAGACCCCUUCCAGAGCCGCCUUGACUUUGGCCAGGGUUCGGGUAGCCCUGUGUGCCUGGCCCAGGUCAAGCAAGUAGAGCAGGCUGUCCAGACAGCCCCCUACCGAGGAGGGCCCCGGGGAAGACCCAGGGAGGCUAAGUUCGCCAGGUACAACCUCUCCAACCAGGUCACGCCUCUGGCCAGAAGGGACAUUUUGAUCACUCAGAUGGGCACCGCCCAGAGUGUUAGCCUAAAGCCUGGACCGGUGCCCGAGCCUGGUGCCGAGCCCCACCGGGCUACUCCUGCAGAGCUCCGGCCACAUGCGCUGCCGGGCGCCAGGAAGCCACACGCAGUGGUGGUGCAGAUGGGAGAAGGCGCGGCCGGCGCCGUGACUACCCUGCUCCCGGAGGAGCCCGCGGGAGCCCUGGAUCUCACUGGAAUGCGGCCCGAGAGCCAGCUGGCGUGCUGCGACAUGGUCUACAAGUUCCCCUUCGGCAGCAGCUGUGCCGGCACCUUCCAUCCCGCCCCCGGCGCAGCGGACAAGAGCGUGGCUGAUGCCGCCCCGCCUGGCCAGAGCGGCGGCCCCUUCUACAGUCCCAGAGACCCGGAGCCCCCUGAACCCCUCACCUUCCGGGCCCAGGGGGUGGUGGGCCCCGGGUCCCAUGAAGAACAGAGGCCCUACCCCCAGGGCCUGCCCGGGAGGCUGUAUUCCUCCAUGUCUGACACCAACUUGGCCGAAGCUGGCCUCAACUACCAUGCACACAGGAUCGGGCAGCUCUUCCCGGGCCCUGGCAGAGACGCGGCAGUGGACCUCAGCUCCCUGAAGCACUCUUACAGCCUGGGCUUUGCCGACGGGCGCUACUUAGGGCAGGGCUUGCAGUACGGCUCGUUCACGGACCUGCGUCACCCCACAGACCUUUUGGCGCACCCACUUCCCAUGCGGCGCUACAGCUCCGUGUCCAACAUCUAUUCAGACCACCGCUAUGGCCCCCGGGGCGAUGCAGUCGGCUUCCAGGAGGCCAGCCUGGCCCAGUACAGUGCCACCACGGCCCGAGAGAUCAGCCGAAUGUGCGCCGCCCUCAACUCCAUGGACCAGCACGGCGGGCGGCAUGGCGGCGGCGGCGGCGGGCCGGACCUCGUGCAGUAUCAGCCCCCGCACGGGUCCGGACUCAGUGCGCCCCAGGGGCUGGCUCCUCUCAGGUCUGGCCUCCUUGGCAACCCCACCUACCCAGAGGGACAACCAAGCCCUGGGAACCUGGCCCAGUACGGGCCUGCGGCGAGCCAGGGCCCCGCCGUCAGGCAGCUGCUCCCGUCCACGGCCACCGUGCGCGCAGCGGAUGGCAUGAUCUACUCGACUAUCAACACCCCGAUCGCGGCCACCCUCCCCAUCACCACCCAGCCCGCCUCGGUCCUGCGGCCCCUGGUGCGCGGGGGCGUGUACAGGCCUUACGUGUCCGGCGGGGUCACGGCCGUGCCCCUGAGCAGCCUGACCCGGGUGCCCGUGAUUGCGCCCCGGGUACCCCUCGGACCAGCGGGGCUGUACCGUUACCCCGCGCCGAGGUUCCCCAUCGCGGCCAGCAUUCCUCCCGCCGAGGGGCCCGUCUACCUGGGGAAGCCGGCCAAGGCCGCGGGCACGGGGGCCCCGCCGAGGCCCGAGCCGCCCGCGGGGGCCGCCCGCGAGGAGCCCCUCCCCGCAGCCGCCCCUGCCGCCGCCGGCAAGGAAGCCCCGGCCGCCCCCGCCCCGGCCGCCCCGCCCGGCCCGAAGCCCCCGGCCGACGCCCCGGCCGCGGCGGGCGGCGCAGCCCGGGCCGGGCCCGAGAAGGACGAGGCGGCCCAGGAGGAGCGCCAGCGCCGGCAGCAGGAGCAGCGGCUGCAGCUGGAGCGGGAGCGCGUGGAGCUGCAGAAGCUGCGGCAGCUGCGGCUGCAGGAGGAGCUGGAGCGCGAGCGCGUGGAGCUGCAGCGGCACCGCGAGGAGGAGCAGCUGCUGGUGCAGCGGGAGCUGCAGGAGCUUCAGACCAUCAAGCAGCACGUGCUGCAGCAGCAGCAGGAGGAGCGCCAGGCGCAGUUCGCGCUGCAGCGGGAGCAGCUGGCCCAGCAGCGGCUGCAGCUGGAGCAGAUCCAGCAGCUGCAGCAGCAGCUGCAGCAGCAGCUGGAGGAGCAGAAGCAGAGGCACAAGGCCCCCUUCCCCGUCAGCUGCGAGGCGGCCGGCCGAGGGCCGCCCCCGGCCGCCCCCGAGCUGGCCCAGAACGGCCAGUACUGGCCCCCGCUGACCCACGCGGCCUUCGCGGCGGCGGCGCCCGAGGGGCCGGCCCGGGAGCCCGCGGUGGCCCGGGGCCUCCCCAGCUCGGCCUCGGACCUGUCGCUGCAGACGGACGAGCCGUGGGAGGCGGGCCGCGGCGGCCUGAGGAAGCGCCACUCCAUGCCGCGCCUGCGCGACGCCUGCGAGGCGGAGGCCGAGCCCCGCGCGGCGCGGAGAAUCGCCGACAGCAGCGUGCAGACGGACGACGAGGAGGGCGAGGGCCGCUACCUCGUGAGCCGGCGGCGCCGGGCGCGGCGCAGCGCCGACUGCAGCGUGCAGACGGACGACGAGGACAACGCCGAGUGGGAGCAGCCGGUGCGCCGCCGCCGGCCCCGCCCGCCCCGCCACGCCGACGCCGGCCCGGACGGCAAGCACGACGCCGGCGCCACCCCGGCCGCCGCCGCCGCCGCCAGGGCCGUGAGCAGCGUGGGCAUCCAGACCAUCAGCGACUGCUCCGUGCAGACGGAGCCCGAGCAGCUGCCCAGGGUGUCCCCCGCCAUCCACAUCACGGCCGCCACCGACCCCAAGGUGGAGAUCGUCAGGUACAUAUCGGCGCCCGAGAAGACCGGGCGCGGGGAGAGCCUGGCCUGCCAGACCGAGCCGGAUGGGCAGGCCCAGGGUGUGGCUGCACCGCAGCUCGUAGGACCGACCGCCAUCAGCCCCUACCUACCCGGCAUCCAGAUAGUAAGCCCGGGGCAGCUGGGCAGAUUUGAGAAGAAGAAGCCGGACCCCCUGGAGAUCGGGUACCAGGCCCACCUGCCCGUGGAGUCCCUGUCACAGCUCGUGGGCCGCCAGGCUCCCAAGUCUCCACAAGUGCUCUACUCGCCAGUGUCGCCCCUGUCCCCACACCGGCUCCUGGACGCCUCGUUCGCUUCCAGCGAGAGGCUGAACAAGGCCCACGUGAGCCCCCAGAAGCACUUCCUGGCCGACAGCGCGCUUCACCAGCAGACCCUGCCUCGCCCCAUGAAGACCCUGCAGCGGUCCCUGUCUGACCCUAAGCCCCUGAGCCCCACGGCCGAGGAGUCCGCCAAAGAGAGAUUCUCCCUCUACCAGCACCAGGGGGGACUAGGUAGCCAGGUGUCGGCGCUGCCACCCAACGGCCUGGUCCGCAAGGUGAAGCGGACCCUGCCCAGCCCCCCUCCAGAGGAAGCUCACCUUCCCCUGGCUGGCCAGGCGCCCUCACAGCUGUACGCUGCCAGUCUGCUGCAGCGAGGCUUGGCGGGGCCCGCCGCCGUCCCCGCCACCAAGGCCAGCCUGCUCCGGGAGCUGGACCGGGACCUGCGGCUGGUGGAGCACGAGUCCACCAAGCUGCGCAAGAAGCAGGCGGAGCUGGACGAGGAGGAGAAGGAGAUCGAUGCCAAGCUCAAGUACCUAGAGCUGGGCAUCACCCAGCGCAAAGAGUCUUUGGCCAAAGACCGGGGCGGCCGGGACUACCCACCGUUACGCGGCCUGGGCGAGCAUCGCGACUACCUGUCUGACAGUGAGCUCAACCAGCUGCGGCUGCAGGGCUGCACCACGCCCGCGGGCCCGUAUGCGGACUACCCUGCCUCCGCCGCUGUGGCCGCCACGCCCUCCGGCGCCGCCGCCUUCCAGCCGCCGCCGCCGCGGCUCCCACCUGCAGCCCCGCAGUACACGGCGGGCGCUAGUGGACCAACUCAGAACGGAUUUCCAGCCCACCAGGCCCCCGCCUACACUGGCCCUAGCACCUACCCAGCAUCUGCUUUCCCCCCUGGAACCAGCUAUCCAGCGGAGGCUGGCCUGCCCAGCCAGCAGGCUUUCCACCCCCCAGGCCAUUACGCAGCCCCAGCACCCAUGCCAACCACGCAGAGCGCCCACUUUCCAAUCCAAGCUGACAGCCGCGCCCCCCACCAGAAGCCCCGUCAGACCUCGCUAGCCGACUUGGAGCAGAAGGUACCCACCAAUUACGAGGUGAUCGCCAGCCCUGCCGUAGCCGUGUCUUCGGCCCCCUCUGACGCUAGCUACAGCGGUCCAGCCGUGAGCAGCAGCUACGAGCCGGGCAAGGGCCCCGAGCACCCCCGGGGCGGUGACCGAGGCGCCGUGAGCCAGAGCCCAGCCCCUGCCUAUCCCUCCGACUCCCACUACACCAGCCUGGAGCAGAACGUUCCUCGGAACUACGUGAUGAUUGACGACAUCAGCGAGCUGACAAAGGACAGCGCCCCCGCUGCCCCGGAGAGCCAAAGGCUGGAGCCUUUGGGGCCAGGUGGAGUGGGCGCGCGGCCCGGCAAGGAGCCCGGAGAGCCAGCCGGCCUGGAGGGGCCUGCGCUGCCCUGCUGCUAUGGCCGGGCCGAGGAGGAAUCUGAGGAGGACUCCUACGACCCCCGUGGGAAAGCCGGCCCGCACCGGAGCCUGGAGAGCAACGGCCGGCCGGCCAGCACCCCCUAUUACGGUGACAGUGACUACAGGCAUGGGGCUCGGGCGGACAAGUACGGCCCAGGGCCCGCGGGGCCCAAGCAUCCCUCCAAGAGCCUGGCCCCCGCCGCCAUCCCCUCAAAGCGCAGCAAGCACCGGAAGCAAGGCCUGGAGCAGAAGAUCUCCAAGUUCUCGCCUAUCGAGGAGGCCAAGGACGUGGAGUCCGACCUGGCCUCCUACCCCUCGCCCGCUGUUAGCAGCAGCCUGCCCUCCCGGGGCAGAAAGUUCCAGGAUGAGAUCACCUACGGCCUCAAGAAGAACGUGUACGAGCAGCAGAGGUACUACGGGGCGUCCAGCCGGGACCUGGUGGAGGAAGAUGAGCGCGUGUACGGCGGCAGCCGGUCCCGCGUGGCAUCCGCCUACAGUGGGGAGAAGCUGUCUAGCCACGAUUUCGGCAGCCGAGGCAAAGGGUACGAACGGGAACGGGAGGCCGUGGAGCGACUUCAGAAGGCGGGCCCCAAGCCCUCAUCCCUGAGCAUGGCGCACGGCCGGGCCCGGCCCCCCAUGAGGAGCCAGGCCUCGGAGGAGGAGAGCCCCGUGAGCCCCUUGGGGCGGCCCCGCCCUGCAGGAGGCGCCCUUCCCCCCGGGGAUACCUGCCCGCAGUUCUGCUCCAGCCACUCCAUGCCUGACGUCCAGGAACAUGUCAAGGAUGGGCCGCGGGCCCACGCAUAUAAGCGUGAGGAGGGCUACAUCCUGGAUGACUCCCACUGCGUGGUUUCUGACAGCGAAGCGUAUCACCUGGGCCAGGAGGAGACAGACUGGUUUGAUAAGCCCCGAGAUGCCCGCUCCGACCGGUUCAGGCACCAUGGGGGCCAUGCAGUCUCCUCCUCCCAAAAGCGAGGCCCUGCCAGGCACAGCUACCAUGACUACGAUGAGCCCCCUGAGGAGGGCCUGUGGCCUCAUGAUGAGGGUGGUCCAGGCCGCCAUACCUCAGCCAAGGAACACCGGCACCAUGGUGACCACGGGAGGCACUCAGGCCGCCAUGCCGGUGACGAGCCGGGGCGGCGUGCUGCCAAACCACAUCCUCGGGACAUGGGUCGCCACGAGACCCGGCCUCACCCUCAGGCCAGCCCUGCCCCUGCCAUGCAGAAGAAGGGUCAGCCGGGGUACCCCAGCUCUGCUGAUUACUCCCAGCCAUCCCGUGCUCCGUCGUCAUACCAUCAUGCCUCCGACAGCAAGAAGGGCUCUCGGCAGGCCCACUCUGGGCCUGCACUGCAGCCAAAGCCAGAAGCCCAGGCACAGCCCCCGAUGCAAGGUCGGCAGGCAGCUCCCGGACCACAGCAGUCACAGCCACCAUCAUCCAGGCAGACGCCCUCCGGCGCAGCAUCGCGCCAGCCACAGACACAGCAGCAGCAGCAGCAGCCACCGCCGCAGCAGCAGCAACAGCAACAAGGUCUUGGGCAACAAGCUCCCCAGCAGGCGCCACCAUCACAGGCUCGGCUGCAGCAACAGAGCCAGCCAGCCACCAGGGGCUCAGCCCCUGCCGCCAGCCAGCCAGCAGGGAAACCUCAGCCAGGCCCCACCACAGCCCCAGGGGCCCAGCCAGCAGGACUGCCACGUGCAGAGCAGGCAAGCGCCUCUAAAGCGGCAGCCAAAACACCCCAACAGGGGCGGGCUCCUCAGGCCCAGCCAACUCCAGGACCUGGACCCACAGGGGUGAAGCCUGGAGCCAGGCCUGGGGGGACCCCAGGAGCUCCUGCUGGUCAGCCAGGGGCAGAGGGAGAGAGUGUAUUCUCUAAAAUCCUUCCCGGUGGGGCAGCAGAGCAGGCUGGGAAGCUGACAGAAGCUGUCUCUGCUUUUGGCAAAAAAUUUUCCUCGUUCUGGUGAUUGUAUCCAGAAGGGCUUCUGAAGACCCGAAGAAAGAUGGUCUCAUUGCUGUGGAAAAACCUCUGGAGUCAAAGGCCUGGGCGCAGCUCUGGACUCUGCGUAUAACACAUCUACAAUCUGGCAAACCCUUGGUCCAAAGAUUCCUACCAGGUGGGCCACAGCAGACAGGCCUCAGCAGUGCAUGGGAUGUUUUCUAACAGCAACUACCUGGGUGAAGCCUCUGCUGGACCAGUGGGACCAUAGGCUUGGGGGAACUUUCAUGUCUUUCCAGAGACUCUGCCUUUCUCAGGCCAGUCGUCCUUGGGCGAGAGGAGCCCUCAGCAGAACUCGGAUGCUGCUGUGGCUGUCUCCUGCUCUUCCGGCAGCCUCCUGUGGCCUGGCCAACCAGGCUUCCAAUGCGUUAUACACAGAGUUUGGGUGCACACUGCCCUCCCUCUAAGAUGCCAGAAGUUUUUUCCACAGCCUUGGAGAGGGGCUUUGACUGAGGGCUGGGGUCCCUGGGCUCCGAUUCCUUCACAUUCCAGCUGGCCCGGAUCCCUCUGUGGCCAUAAGGCCUUGCCCCCUUCACCCUGCCCUCUGGGUGACACUGGAGCAGACCUCCCCAUGGCCAGCAUGGGUUUGGGAGAACUUUACAAACAUUAGGACCUAACACUGUCUCAUUGCUGAAAUAAGAGGCCAUAGCACCGAGAAGCAGCGUGGGCACCGGCUGAGGCGUCUCCCAGCCCUUGGAUGGCAGCGUAACUGGGCAUGCCUGCCAUCAUCUUAAAGCCAUCCCCCCAGCCAUCGUGAGUAUCCCAGAAGCACCGCCAUCGUCUCGACCAGCCGGCUCCUCAUCUGUACACCUGGGGAUUUCUUUUGAUUUCAAGAACAGCCUUAAUCAUUCCAGUUUGAUUUACAUGUAUACCUCAUGAACAUUUCUUUUUGUUAUUUUUUUCUCUCCCUUUUUUUUCCCCCUUUGCUUCCAUCCCUUUGUCUCUCCCCUCCUCCACCUUGUGACUGAUGGUUUGGUUUCCUCUCUGCUCUGCCCCUGCUCAGCACAGGGAGAAAUGUUGAUUAUGAAGCAAUAGCGGGCAGCAGGCCACCAAGAGCACAAACCCAGGGCGAGGUCUAGGGAGGCCCCUCAGCCCGCCCGUUUACUGUGCAAUUCCAGUCCUUCUUAAGCCAUCAGCAGUGGGUGUGCUCAGGGCAGAGGAGGCAGGGCUUCUGCGCCGGCAAGGGAAAGGCUCAGAACCCUGUGGGGUCAGGGGAGGGUGACAUCGUCCAUUCACCUGGUGGACUGGGCUGCAUGCCUCCCCGAAGCUCUUCCCCUGGAGGCCUCCCUUCAUCUCGGGCACAGCCACAGUCUCAUCUCUAAUGUUCUAUGCAAUGAAAUAUAAACCCUCAAAGACAACUGUUAAUAUUUAAUAAAUUCCAUGUUACAUAUAAGGAGUUAAUUGCAAACACGCAGUUGAGAAACUGGGUAGAUCUGCUCAUAUCACCACCCCAACGCAAUCCUUGUUCUCACUGUGUGUGUGUGUGUGUGUGUGUGUGUGUGUGUGUGUACGUGUGAGAAAGCAAGAGCAUGAGUGUGUGUGAAUAUGAGCGCGUGCGCGUGUGUAAAUUCUAAGUCUGUGGCAUGUUUGACCUGUGGCAGGACUCGCUGCUGCCAGGUGAGUCGCCGCCUGUCUCGCAGUGGAGCAUGCACAGCUCGCAGCUUCUUUGCACGAUUUCAUUCAUUUUAAAUGCUCGACCCUCCUGCUUGGAGUUCUUUUUGCCUCCAACCCUCUCCUCUAGGAGCAGUUCUCCCCUGACUUCAGCACACGCCGGUAAAGACCUGCCCCAGGCCACGGGGCGGGCAGUGAGGCCCCCAUCCACCUUGCAGUUUUUAUCUGUCUACAAUAGCAAAAAAAAAAAAAAAAAAAAAAAAAAAAAAAAAAACACCUCAGACUAGACAGAGAUAGGAGCCCGCACAGGAUGCAUGUGUGUGGACAUUCUGUGGGUUUGCUGCUGUAGGACUUCUGCUUGUACAUCAUUCUUCCCUCCUAUCCCAGGCCUGAGGCAGCGGCGUCUGGUCACCCCUUCCCAGGCGGGCACCCCUCAAGGGGAAAGCUGGGCUACAUCUGCGGAGAGGCAGAAGCCAACAGAUCCUGGCUGUGCCCUAGGAUCCGUAGGUCUUGACUGAACCUGCUCUAUGUCUCUCCUGAGUGGUGAGGAGACUCAAAGGGCUGACCCAAGAAAUCUGGCAUAGAUCCAGGGGUCAUAGGGUGCCCGGGAAGAGCUGGCUACGGGCUCUUUGGCUAAAAAUAUCAUCCAGAACGACAUAAAUAACAGCUUCAAGCUGAGAUCAGAGGGUUUCUCGAAAGCAAAAUUUCCUGAAGAGCUUGCCUCCUUUUCCUCCAAAGCGUAAGAUUUCCACCGUUGCCGGCAUCUCCUCCACUGGUCCAGGGAGAGGGCGGACAGCAGCUGCCUGGCCCUCGAAGUCUGACUGCCUCCAGCGUGCUCCGGUGCAUACCAUGCAUUUCUCAGGGGUCCACAUUCCUCGUGCUUUUUCAAACGGCCUACCAGUCCUUUAGAGCGGGAUCCCAUCCCACCUUUGGCAGCUGCGGAUGGGACAGUUCAAGCUGUGUUAGUUAGACUUAAGACCCUGAGUUCCUGGGAUUUGGCUUUCUUGCUAUGGAACAUCUCAGAGAUCAGACCUGGGCUGUAUGAGGCCAUCUGAGCAAGGGCUGAAGAAGACCCUCAUUGAGGAACUGGAGCCACAGAGGCCCAGGUUUGUAUGGGAUGUGCCCAGUGUUUAGACACUUGGGGUCAUGGCGGUAUCCGCUUCCACUAGUAGUCAAGGGAUUAGACCAGCAGCUGAGAGCAGGCAGGAUGUCCACAGGUCAACCUCUGGCAGCCCUCCUAGGCUUUAAAGUAUUAACUUCUCAGCAAAUUUCUUUUCUGGCCAGAUUCUGAGUUUGACAUUUCUGAUAUCUGCUACUCUAUCCCUGGCUGUACCCACAGGACAGAUCUUUGUCCCUUUGUGAAUAUGGCUGCAGCAGUCUUCUAGGUCAUGGGUAUCCUGGCUCUUGCGUUGACUCUAGGGCUAUGACAGCCAGAGGCUUGGGGACCAGCAUUUGUAGCUGUAGGACACGGUAAGCAAUGGGUGCAAUCUCCAAGUAUUUAAGAAGUCUCUGGGUAGAGUCCAGACCAUCUCCAUUUUCUCCUCUCAGCGUCAUAAGCGAGGGUACCCUCCUCUGCGUACCCAAGGCCUCAACACUCACGUCACAGUGACAGUCCUCCUGUCAUCAUCUUUCUAUUUCUUGGGCAUGGCAAAUGGUCUCAGGGCCCACAGUGAGAGAGCAACAAGGGCAGCAAUUCUGGCCUGUUUUCUGGAGCCUACGAGGAGUUUUCCCAGGCAGGUCCUUUGCCAUGAGAGUACAGUCCUAUUAGCCCUUCUCCUCCCAUGCUGUAAAUAUUUGUCAUCAUGGACUCCAGCAGGGUCGGAGGGACAGAUCUAAUCAAUGGAAACUCCUCAGAGAUGCCAUCUCUGUCUCCCUGGGUGCCAGCACCCUGCCACCGUAUGCACCGGGUGGCACUGGAGAGCCAUAGAAGUCGUGAGAUACCGUAUGUGUAAGCAUGUGUACAUGAGUGUGUGUGUGUGUAUGUAUGUGUGUAUGUGUGUGUGUGUUUGUGCGUUCAUGCGUGUGCGCACAAGUCUCAUUCAGCCUCUGGGGUCAAAUCAGCUCCUCUCCAAGCGGGGCACCCUGAGGAGUAGUGGCCAUCUACAUAUUUUCCUCUAGCUUCCAUGUCUUGUUUUUGCUUUCCCUUCCCUCUCUUUCCUUCUCUCCUUUAUUUGAGGGGGAAGUGCUGUACAAAGUCAAACAAACAAGUUUACAGUUGUAAGUGCAAUGACCCGAGUCCUCCACAUGACCUUGUGAAUUGUGUGCCGUCCUCCUGUGCUCUGUGAGAACUCGUGGUACUUCAGUGUCCCUCCCCUGUAUUGUGACAAGGUAUUUCUGUGGUAUCAGAAUAAAAGGACUUGAUAUAAACAGA